AUGUCACAACCAGUACAACCUAUCGUAAAAAUUUUUACUCCUCCAUCGUCUCCACCUACAAUGACAGGUCAAGAGGAAUGGGAUAGUGUUGACGAUUUUUCGGUAGAUUCUUUGCGUGCUGAAGUCUCUUCUACUGCGCAAAGUAUUUUUACACCUAGUUCGCCUCCUGAAGAAAUAAAUGGCGAAGAGCUUCCUAAUGAUUGUGAUGUCCCUAAAAAUUCUUCAACUGAACUUCUACAAAAAAUGGGGCAUUGGUUUUAUAACACGAAGCUUGUUCAAUAUAUGAAAUCAGAUGAAAGGUCAAGGGUCAAACAAAUUUAUUCAACAAAUUCUAUAUGGAUGCUUGGAAUUGAAUAUAAUUUUUCGGAGGAUUGCGGGUCCGUCAACCUUCCGAAGUUUGAUAAUGAUAAAGCUCGGAGUAGUCGAGCUUCUUCUUUUUUAAAUUUAGUUUUUGGUUCUUCUGAAGAAGAUAAUGAUUAUGAUGAUACGUCAGCAAAUGAUCGAAAUCAUAAUGAUGAUUCUAUUCAAUCACAUAAAUUAGGCAAAUCUCGUUCUUUUUCACAAGCUGUAUAUGGUGUUGACGGCCAACAUUUAGGUGUACCUCAUCCAAAACCAACUCCAAGGGUUACUCCUAAUUCGUCGGUGACCGGCCCAAAUAUAGUUAUCCAACGUUUAAGGACAUUAUCUUUCUCCCAAAAAUCUCCCCCUGAAAAUAAAUCUUUUCCUGACUUAUCCCUUUCAAAUACUGAGAAUCGUGUUAAUUCAACUUCUUCGAAUCCUGUGUAUAGGCAAGGUGGUAGACGGUUACAUUCGUUUUCAUUUACUAAAAAGUCCGAUUCUCCUGAUAUUUCACAAAUCGAUUCAAAAUCUUCUUCCAUAAUUCAAUCUGAUAAUCCAAUAAAUUCCCCUCCAACAAAUAAUCUUUUACAAACUCCUAAUCAAAAACGAAUUUUCUCUGGUAAGGAGAAAAAUAAACUUGGUAAUUCUUCUCGAAAAUUAUAUCCACAUGCUGAAAUAGAAGGUGAUGUGGAUUCUAAAUUUUCUGGAAAUGAAUCAAGGCUUAAGUACACAAGUUUUGAAGAUAUUGAUAAUUCUAGAAAUCAAAUCGCCGAAAUUUCUUAUCCUGAAGAUGUAAUAUAUAGCUCUGGUGAGAGUGAUGACGGUGAUAUCAAUUCAAGAAUUGAUGAUGUUGAAUUGGAUGCACUUUCGGGUGAUAAUGUUUCUGUGGAAACUGUGACAAGAGAGUCUAUUUCACAAAAAGGCAUUAAAUAUUUUAAUUUAGAUAAUAAAAACGAUAAAGGUUUCUCUGAUGAUAAUAUACAACAAACUAACUUGCAAGCUAAUACAGAUUCUUUGCAUAAAAGAAAGAUAUCUGACGCUGGAUCUGUUAGAUCAACCAGUUCAUUUCAAUCAAUAUCGACUCCAACUAGUCUUUAUAAACCUGACUCAUUUAGCUCAUUGUCACCAAACCAAAAAAAAUUGUUGGACUUUUAUUUGGAUUUUCAAUCAAGAAUUUUUUGUUGUUAUCGAAAAGAUUUUCUUCCUAUCGAGCCAGCUUUUCAUACUACCGAUACGGGUUGGGGUUGUAUGCAUAGAACUGGUCAGAGUUUACUAGCUCAAGGGUUUUUGUGGACCCUUUUAGGGAGAGAGCCUGAACAAUACUAUUCUAUUCAUAACAUUGCACGUACGGGAAUUGCUUUGGAUAAGAAGAUUGGAGAUUGGUUUGGUCCUGCUACAGUAGCACACGUAUUAAAGAGAUUAUCUUUGAAUCAUAAAGAAUGUCCGCUAACUAUUCACAUUCCAGCAGAUAACACUAUAUAUAGGACGGAGGUUAUUAAUAUAGCUAUGGGAGAAUAUGAUAAUAAUUUAUUCAGUGAGCAAAAGGAAUGGAAACCUAUACUUAUAUUACUUUCUGUUAGAUUGGGUACUGAUAGAUUUAAUCCAAGUUAUUUUGGAAACUUGAAGACUCUUUUUACAUUCCCUCAAUUCUUGGGAAUCGCAGGCGGUAGACCAAGAAAGUCUUUAUAUUUUGUAGCCGUUCAGGAUGAUGAACUCUUAUAUCUUGAUCCACACUUUGUUCGACCUGCAAUAAAUCUCAAUAAAACCACAGAAUUUCCGCUUGAAGAUUACCACUCUACAAUUGUUCGAACAAUGGACAUUAGCGAAACGGAUCCCUCUAUGCUUUUGGGAUUUUUGUGCCAAAGACCUCAAGAUUUUGAUGACCUUUGCGAACGAGCUGAGCGGACAAUGAAUCCGCAAUUCCCGAUUUUCACUAUAUUGAAUAUGUCCCCUAUGCGUGAAACUUGGUUGAGCACUAAAUCUAUGAGUGAGAUACCCAAUCCACCAAGUCCACCAAGUGCGCCAAUGGGUAGAACUGAAAGAGGAAUGGCUCCAGCGGGACUAAUACGCUUAACCAAUCCGACUUUAUUUUCACCGCGUUUUUGUUUAGGAUUUUCACCGCGUUUUUGUUUAGGACUUUCACCGCGUUGUUUUGGUUUAUCAUCGCCUUCACGCUUAAGGAGCGCGCCACCUGUUGAGAGGGAGGGCAUAAUUGGAGCAUUGGGUAAUGAUUUUGUCUCAACCGGCGCAGAAAUUGUAGAAGCGAAAAAGAUUUGGAGUUUUGGAGUUUUAUACUUUUUGGGUAUACUAAAGACGUUAGACGAUCAAAUAGGAAUCAUUGAUGCUUUUUUGCUCAUGCGAAAAGGCAAAUCUUUACGAUCAUUAUGUUAUAAUGAAAAUGUUAAUUUUGUAUGA